AUGGACUACAGCAUCAAUCCGACACAGCGAUGGCUCCCAUACAACUUGACUGGCAAACCAAGUGAACCCGACACGUGGGCAUUCGAGAACAAUAUCAUAGAGCGUGGUUGCCUCUAUGCAUUGGACGGAAAUUUGAAGCUCGGAGUCUCUCGAUAUCUGUCCUCACAGUUCAAGGGAAAUCUGACCGGGACCCCGAAAGCCUUUUCGAAACUCAUCACUGAGAUCACCGGAAAUCAGCUCCUCCAAACCAUCUACAACUAUGGAAACUACAGCUUCGAACGUACCCAAGCGAUCUCCCGGAAUAUGAGCAUCUCUCUCACAAGCCAGAUACGGAUGAAUCGCGGUGUAGAAGAGUUCAACAAUACUACCUAUCCAGCCAUCGGGAACACUUACAUAACCAAAACCUGCGUUGCAGUCCGAUGGGCCUGGCUAUCCCUGCCAUUAGCUGUGACAAGCUUGACGUUGCUGUUCUUCUGCGGCGUCAUCGUCGCUUCGACACAUCUUCCACGAGAAGUCAGAUCGUGGAAGUCUUCUCCACUGCCACUCCUCUUUCAUGGUCCUGAUCUCACCGCUUACAAAGACAAUGUCUACAUCGAGGAUAUCGACGAAGUAAGCAAAGGGAUAAAAUUCAAGCUUGAGUCCGACUUGGAAGGCCGGAUUGAAUUAAAAGAACAGAACUCCGUCUCAGGAUAG